AUGACCCAAAUAUCGCUUUAUAAAUUUACAUACAAUGACGUAGCAAAAGGAGAUGACCAAUGUAAUGAGACAACAAUAGCUGAACACUACAUGAACCUAGUCUGCUAUACUUGCAAGACAAAAUUCAACCAAGAACUACAAAUAUCUAAUGACCUCCUCCUACUCGGAGGUAGAAAGGUAAAUAAUGUUAGCGGUGUGAAAACUGAUAACUGCGCACCUAGUGGGGAUAGAUACUACAGGACAGGACAUAGGGAGGACGGGUUAGCGGAUAAACAUCGGAUUGAGUGGAGGUGCCUGAGGCCUGAACAUUUGGAUCUGACACAACACAUCGGGGGGCGAGAAGCUGCAAAGGAGAAGGAAGAAGCUGCAAAGGGCAGGGAGAAGCCGGUGUAG